CAAAGAGCUCGAGUCGGCCAGUCGCCUGGUCGACAUCUCUGCUCGUAGUCAGAACCUGACAUAAGCUCGUGAGCCUGCGCAUCCUCAACCUCGCACAACUCUUGCUGACUUAGUUCGGUGCCGCUCUUCAUAGUACCUUCAACCCUUCUGACCACCAUGGCUUCGACGUUCUCAAAGACCGGCCGUAACAUCAUCUGUAUCGGCCGAAACUACAUCGAUCACGCUAAAGAGCUUGGGAACAAGGUCCCUAAGGAGCCUUUCUACUUCUUGAAACCUACGAGUAGUUACUUGCAGCAUGGACAGGGCAAGAUCGAGAUUCCAAGAGGAGUGGUCGCUCAUCACGAAGUUGAACUCGGAGUAGUUAUCGGUAAAGGAGGCCGGGACAUUCCUCCUUCCAAAGCGUUCGACCAUGUCGCUGGAUACACCCUGGCGAUUGAUGUGACCGGCCGAAACAUGCAAGACGUCGUCAAGGGGAAAGGUCUUCCCUGGGCUGCCGCUAAGGGGUUCGAUACGUUUGCUCCUGUCGGCCGCUUCAUCCCGAAAUCCUCGCUCCCGGAUCCUGACAACGUUGGGCUUACCCUCUCCAUCAAUGGACAGACGAAGCAGUCCGGAGUUACGGGGGAUAUGCAAUUUAAGAUCCCACAGUUGAUCGGGCAUGUUAGCAGUAUCUUUGGGCUCAACGAAGGAGACCUAAUAAUGACCGGUACCCCCGCUGGAGUGGGCGAGAUGAAGCCCUCGGAUAAGAUUACAGUUCGGAUGACUUCCCCUGGGCUAGAGGGAGAGGUGGUGGACGAGUUGGAGUGGGACUGUGUGCAAAGAGAGGGAGGCUAUGAGUUCAAGGGCUAGAAUGGAGGAGCGGAUCGGGCCAAUCCAAUGGACGUGAGGGAUUGGGCGAAUUUAUACACCGUGCCGCUCGAAAUGGUG